AUGCAAGGGUACAACCCGAUGGACUAUGCCAACCUCCAAGUCUCAGAUGAGAUUAGAGAGCUGUUCCAGUACAUCGGCAGGUACAAACCGCAGACGAUCGAGCUGGAGACCAAGCUGAAACCCUUCAUCCCUGAGUACAUACCAGCGAUAGGAGAGAUUGAUCCUUUCCUCAAGAUUCCUCGUCCUGAUGGCAAGAAGGACACGCUCGGCCUUACCGUGCUUGAUGAACCAGCAGCUCAACAGACAGAUCCGACGGUCCUUGACCUGCAGCUGAGAGCCAUCUCUACCCAAGCCUCUCUUCAGCCGACUACUGUCCCCUACAUUGAGAACGCAGCACAGCAUCCUCAGAAGAUUACGAAUUGGAUUCAGAGCAUAUCGGAGCUGCACCGAAGCAACCCUCCCCCCAACGUGCACUACACCAAGCCGAUGCCUGAUGUGGAGACUCUGAUGCAGAUGUGGAGUCCUGAGGUGGAAGAAGCUUUUGCUGGCGCCCUGCUGCCUUCUGCAGAUCUGAACGUUGACACUGUCGCUUAUGCGCGUAUUGUUUGUGCAAUCCUCGACAUUCCUGUCUACAGCAACAUAACAGAAUCGCUUCAUGUGUUAUUCACGUUGUACUCGGAAUUCAAACAAAGCAAUCAGGAGGCACUCGCUCCGGGUACUGAGUUCUGA